AUGCGUAUUCUACAGUACUCAUCGAUAAGUCGACUUCAAGCUCGUUGUCAUAGCGCGAAAAAUUUUCAUGGACGCGGAACACCAACCAUCGGAAUUCGACGAGAAACCGUGAACGCCUGGGAGCGACGAGCGCCGCUCGCGCCGUCGCACGUGAAGCGAUUGACGAAAAAUGGGAUCAAUGUGCUCAUCCAGCCGAGCAAUCGGCGAGUCUACCCGAUUCAGGACUACGUCGCCGCCGGCGCCAUCGUCCGCGAGGAUCUCACCGAGGCUCACGUCAUCAUGUCCGUCAAAUCGGUGCCCAUCGAUCAAUUGAUUCCGAACAAGACCUACGCGUUCUUCUCGCACACCAUCAAAGCGCAAAAGGACAAUAUGGAUAUGCUUGACACGAUUCUUCAAAGGAAUAUCCGUCUCAUCGAUUAUGAGAAAAUUGUUGACGAGCGCGGAAAACGCCUAGUGAUGUUCGGCAAAUGGGCCGGCAACGCGGGCUUCAUCGACAUUCUUCACGGACUCGGCCUACGCCUUCUCGCCCUCGGCCACAACACGCCAUUCCUUCACAUGGGCCUCGCGCACAACUACAACGACUCGCACAUGGCGAUCAACGCGUUGCGAGACAUCGGCUACGAGAUCGCGCUCGACCGAAUGCCGCGCUCAUUGGGACCAUUGAUAUUCGUGUUCACCGGCUCCGGCAACGUGUCGCAAGGCGCGCGCGAGCUCUUCGAGCAUCUACCGCACGAGUACGUCGAUGUUGCCACACUGCCGAAAGUCGCGCAGAAAGGACAAUUGAACAAAGUCUACGGAUGCGUCGUCACGCGAAAAGAUCAUUUUGUUCCGAUCAAUGGCGGACCAUUCAAUAAGGAGGAGUUCGAGCAGCAUCCCGAUCGUUAUACGUCCAAAUUUGCCACAGAGAUUGCCCCAUACGCGUCGGUGAUUAUCAAUGGAGUGUAUUGGGACGCGAAAUCGCCGAGAUUGAUCACGAUUCCGGACGCGAAAAAUCUAUUGACGCCGGUGCAAAAAUACGAUUCGCCGGGAUGUCCGACGCUUCCGCAUCGACUCGUCGCGCUUUGCGACAUUUCCGCCGAUCCGGGCGGCUCUGUCGAGUUCAUGCGCGAAUGCACCACAAUCGAUAAGCCAUUCACAAUCUAUGAUGCCGAUUUCAACACAAGUUCGGAAAGCUUCAACGCCCCAUCUGGCUGCCUUGUGUGCUCAAUCGAUAAUAUGCCAGCUCAGAUGCCGAUGGAAGCCACCGAUCAGUUUGGAAAUCUUCUCUACCCGUGGCUAAUGGAUCUCCUCAACUGCUCCAACGACCAACACUUUGAUCGAUUGCAAUGUCGCGAUGAGAUUAAAAACGCGAUUAUCACGAAUCAAGGGAAACUCACACCGAAUUUCGAGUACAUUGAUCAAUUGCGGAAGGAACAAGCGCUUUCGUCGGCGAGUAGUUCGAGAAUUAUGGGAACUUCCGACAAAAAAGUGCUGCUUCUCGGCGCUGGCAUGGUUUCGGGACCAUUCGCCGAUUUCUACGCGAAACAGAAGAAUGUCCAUUUGACCGUUGCCACUGAAUCCCAGCGAGACGGCCAGCGUCUCUGCACAUCGCCAAACAUCUCAUCGGUUGUUGUUGACGUCGCACGCGAGAGUCUCACAAUGGAGAAACUUGUGAGAGAGCAUGAUAUCGUUGUCUCACUUCUUCCAUUCAAUUUCCAUCCGAUGAUUGCGAGAAUGUGCAUUCAGAAUCAACGCGACAUGGUUACGUCGAGCUAUGUCUCCCCGGAAUUGGAAGCUCUUGACAAACAAGCAAAAGAGGCUGAUGUUACCAUAAUGAAUGAAGCUGGUCUUGAUCCCGGAAUUGAUCACAUGCUUGCGAUGGAGUGCUUUGACAAUAUCAAGGACCAUGGAGGUCGUAUUGUAUCAUUCGAAUCGUUCUGCGGUGGGCUUCCAGCACCAGAAUGGUCCGACAAUCCGCUUCGCUACAAGUUCUCGUGGUCGCCGAAAGGGGUUCUCACCGCUUUGAUGAAUCCAGCGAAAUAUUUGAAAAAUGGAAACAUCGUUGAAGUCCCGUCGGGAAGCGUUGUCGACAACCUCAUCGACAUUGAUUUUAUGCCUGGCCUCAAUUUAAUCGGCUUCCCCAAUCGCGAUUCGACGAAAUACGCCGACGUGUAUGGCCUCGGAAGCGACUGCAAGACAAUUAUUCGUGGAACAUUGAGAUAUCACGGAUUCGUCGAAACGGUGAAAGCGCUUCAUGCCAUCGGCCUCUUAUCAUCAAACACGAGCGACGCGUUCACCUCGACAAUUGGACCAGAACUCUCAUGGAAGGAGCUUAUCGCUUCGCUUCUCCAUCAGAAGCUUGACAUUUUCCCCGACUCGCUUCGCAUGAUGGUUGAGGAGCGCGUUGGGCCAACCGGAUUGAACGCUUUGGAGCAACUCGGACUGUUCUCCGACAUCAUUGUUGAUCGUCACGGAACGCCAAUCGACACACUGGCGCAGUAUCUCGCCAAAAUUCUCGCCUUCAAAGAGCACGAGAGCGAUUUGGUCGUUCUCAAUCACGACAUUGGAGCGUUAUUGCCAGGAGAGCAGGCGGAGAAGCACAGAAUCAGUUUGGUGCAGUAUGGAAACCCGCAAGGCUUCUCGGCGAUGGCUCGAACCGUCGGCUACACUAGCGCGAUCGUCUCUCACAUGGUUUUGAACAAUGAGAUCCAACGCGCCGGAAUUCAGCGUCCAAUAUUAAAGGAAGUCUAUCGUCCGGCGUUAAAACGCCUCCGCGAUUUUGGAAUCGUGCCGACGCACACCGUCACACCGAUGCAACUGAAGUGA